UGGGAUGCCAUCACUGAAAUGGAUGAGCACAACAGGCCCAUUCACACUUACCAGGUCUGCAAUGUCAUGGAAACAAACCAAAACAACUGGCUUCGUACAAACUGGAUCUCCCGUGAUGCAGCUCAGAAAAUUUAUGUGGAGAUGAAGUUCACACUGAGGGAUUGUAAUAGCAUCCCAUGGGUCUUGGGGACUUGCAAAGAAACAUUUAAUCUGUAUUAUAUGGAAUCCGAUGAGUCACACGGAAUUAAAUUUAAGCCAAGCCAGUAUAUAAAAAUCGACACAAUUGCUGCUGAUGAGAGUUUUACCCAAAUGGAUUUGGGUGAUCGCAUUCUCAAACUUAACACUGAAAUUCGUGAAGUGGGGCCAGUAGAAAGGAAAGGAUUUUACCUGGCUUUUCAAGACAUUGGGGCAUGCAUUGCCCUCGUGUCAGUCCGUGUUUUCUAUAAAAAGUGCCCCUUCACUGUUCGAAACUUGGCCAUGUUUCCUGAUAAUCCAAGGGUUGAUUCUUCCUCCUUGGUUGAAGUUCGGGGCUCUUGUGUGAAGAGUGCAGAGGAGCGGGAUACCCCAAAGCUUUACUGUGGAGCGGAUGGAGAUUGGCUAGUUCCCCUUGGAAGGUGUAUCUGCAGUACCGGAUAUGAAGAAAUUGAGGGUUCUUGCCAUG